AUGAUUAAUAAUGAUGAAACAAGUGAUGAACAUUCAAUAAUAAUAACAUCACAAGAUAGUGUUUUUAAUGAUGAUAAAGAUCAACGAUUAAUAAAACCACGCUUAACAUCAAUACGUUAUCAAUUUAAAAAUACAGUUGAAAAAGAUUUAGAUAAUUUAUUUGGUAAACAAGGUGAAUUAUUUUCAACAGUUUUAUUAACAGAUGUUAAAUCUAUACUUACAAAUCUUGGUACAAAAUUAAAAUCUAUAGCACAAGAUAAAACAAAUAUAAAUGAUUAUUCAACAUGGUUUUCAUUAACAUUUCGACAACAACAUCGUAUAUUAGGUACACCAUCAAUACGUGAAAUUGAAAUACCUGGUCAAUAUACAAGUAAAAAAAAACCAUUACUUGAACAUCAUAUUAAAAUAGUUGGUUUUGAUGAAAAAAUUUUGGUUUUACAAUCAUUAAGAUUACCUAAACGUUUAACUAUACGUGGACAUGAUGAAAAUGAUUAUCGAUUUUUAGUUAAAGGUGGUGAAGAUAUACGACAAGAUCAACGUAUUCAAGCAUUAUUUUUAAUUAUGAAUGAUCUUUAUGAUAAUGAUCCAAAUUGUAAUCAAUCAAAUUCAGCACAUAUUACUGUACAAACUUAUAAAGUUAUUCCAAUGUCAACAAAAUUAGGUAUGAUUGAAUGGCUUGAUAAUACACGUCCAUUAAAAGAACUUAUUGAAGCAAGUUAUACACAAGCUGAACAUGAUAUUAUUUCACAAGGUCAACAUCCAAGAAAACUUUAUCAAGAUUAUGUUGCUAAUGUAUUUCAAAAAUCUAAACCAACAGCUAAAUCAACUAGUAAUACAAUUAUGUAUGCUGAAUUAUUUAUUAGUUUAACAAAAACACAAACAAAUAUUCGCCUUGCUAAAGAAAAUAUUCUUAGUCGUGAUUAUAAUGAAUUAGCAAGUCUUUGUGAUGAUUAUUUACGUCGAUAUGAAAAUAAUGAAGAUGAAAAUAAUUUAAUGCAUAUUUUAUUUUCUGGUGAUAAUGUUAAUAAAAUAGCAGAUAUAAUUGUUAAAUCUGUUCUAUCAUCAAUGAAAUAUGGUUCAAAUGAAGGUGUUAAACGUUUUUCACGUUUAUUACAAAUAAUUGAGUUAUAUCCAAAUACAAUGGAAUCAAUAACUAAUCGUUUGCAAGAAAUUUCUUGUUGGAUGUUUUUUGAUUGUUUAUAUCAAAUAACAGCAUAUUUAGAUAAACCAAUAGAUCUUAAAUUAUAUCCACUUAUUGAACAAAUUGUUAAACAAUAUCCUCAAUCAAUUGUUUAUCCAUUUAAAUUAAAUUAUGAAACACUUCAAUAUUCAACAAAUGAUCCAAUAUUAAAACAUAAUCUUGAAAUUAUACGUCAAAAAUUCGAUCGUCAUACGUCACUUGUUAAUGAAUUUAUUCAAGCAUUAAAUCAAUUAAAUCCUCAACAAGAAUAUGAAAAUUGGUGUAAAGAAUUAUAUCAAUUAUUAACAAAUGAUCAUAAUUUAUUUGGUAAACAAGGUGAAUUAUUUUCAACAGUUUUAUUAACAGAUGUUAAAUCUAUACUUACAAAUCUUGGUACAAAAUUAAAAUCUAUAGCACAUCAUAAAACAAAUAUAAAUGAUUAUUCAACAUGGUUUUCAUUAACAUUUCGACAACAACAUCGUAUAAUUAGUAGAAAAAAACCACUACUUGAACAUCAUAUUAAAAUAGUUGGUUUUGAUGAAAAAAUAUUAGUUUUACAAUCAUUAAGAUUACCUAAACGUAUAACAAUACGUGAACAUGAUGAAAAUGAUUAUCGAUUUUUAAUUAAAGUUAGUGAAGAUAUACGACAAGAUCAACGUAUUCAAGCAUUAUUUUCAAUUAUGAAUGAUCUUUAUGAUGAUGAUACAAAUUGUAAUCAAUCAAAUUCAGCACAUAUUACUGUAAAAACUUAUAAAGGUAUGAUUGAAUGGCUUGAUAAUACACCUCCAUUAAAAGAACUUAUUGAAACAAGUUAUACACAAGCUGAACUUGAUAUUAUAUCAGAAGGUCAACAUCCAAGAAAACUUUAUCAAGAUUAUGUUACUAAUGUAUUUCAAAAAGCUAAACCAACAGUUAAAUCAACUAGUAAUACAAUUAUGUAUGCUGAAUUAUUUAUUAAUUUAACAAAAUCACAAGUACAAGAUGAAUUUAAUAAAAUUCAAUCAGUUAUACCAAGUGAUUUACUUCGACGUGCUUAUUAUAAAAUAACUAAUUCACAUGAAGGAUUUUAUACAUUACGUAGACAAUUUAUUACAAGUUAUGCUAUUUAA